AUGGCUCAUAGCCAAAAAUAUGACUCAAAGGCUCACUAUAAAAGGGCCAAAAACAAGAACAAUUCUGCCCUAUUUCUUGGCAUCAAAACAAUUUUCAAAGCUCAAUACAUCUGCUUCCCUGUCAACAUGCACUUCCACUCCACCACUAUUGGCAUUGCCUUGUUUGCGGCCACUGCCAACGCUCAGACCGAACUCAAAGAAAAAAUCUGGGGCACCGUCGUCUUUACCACGGUCGGGCAGGGCAACCCGGGUCUGAGCGAUGCUGAGUUGACACCUUUGGGAACCAGGCAGCUUAUCCACGCUGGCGCUUCUGUUCGAAAUCGCUACAUCUCCCCCCUCCCUGAGGGCGCGGUUGAGUUCCACCAAAUCGACGGAAUCCCGCCAAGCAACUUUACCAACGGAGAGAUCGAUGUCGUUGUGACUUCGGACCAACUGACAUCUGCUUCGGCCCAAGCAUUCAUGCAGGGUCUCUAUCCACCGACAUCUCUCCCUAGAAGCGACAACGCUUCUUUUCCACUCUCAAACUUUGAGACUUUAACCGCAGCAAAUCCUGCGGUUAUCGAACUCGCCGGAAACGUGAAUUGCCCCUUGCUAAACGGAGUACGGCUGGCAUUACUGCAAAACGAAGACCUCGACGCACUUCAAGACGGAGCGGAAGCUUUCUACAGAGGAUUGCACGCUCGUGUCCUCGAUGGUCUUAUCAAACCAAACAAACUCCAUCUUCUCAACGCGCGUCUUAUUUGGGAGCAUCUUGACUACCAAUACGCGAACAAUGAAACUGCCCGCAAUCUUAUUUCAGCGGAAGAAUUAGGGCGAGCACGAUAUCUUGCGAGCCGCAUGACUUCUGCAUUGAACAGUCAGCCUUUCACAAUGGCCGACCGGCAGUAUACACGAGCGGUCGCUGGUAAAACUCUGGCACCUGCUAUUACAAGAGCUCUCGAGAGCAAUGUUGAAUCUCGCGGCACCAACAAGAAGAUGUCGCUUCUGUUUGGUGACGUCUCCACUAUGAUCGCGUUCGCUUCGGUUGCGGGUGUCUCCGGCCACCAGCAAGAGUUUCAAGGGAUGCCAAACCACGGGGCCUCGAUGAGCAUCGAGCUUUUUAGCCGGCCAUCGGACAACUCCACUGAUUACCCGGAAAAGGCCACCGACCUGCAAGUCAGAUUCUUGAUUCGCAACGGGACCAGCACAGCGGACGCUGACGCCGGCUACGUUCCAUAUCCACUCUUCGCAUCGAAAGUGGAGAUACCCUACGACGAAUUUAUCAGUCAAAUGGGUAGCAUCUCGAUGUCCACCACACAGUGGUGUUCGUUUUGCGGCAGCGAGGCCGAAUUCUGCCCACCAGUCGCCGACCAGAAGGACAACGAAAACAACGAUGACCACGUCAACGUCGACCAGAAGUCCUACAAACAGGAUCAACGGCGAUUGCAGGCCCUAAUGGUGGUGGGUGCUAUCAUUGUUUUCAUGAUGGUGGUUGGAGGCAUCAUCGCGCUUGUCUCUUACUGCCUCGGGUGGCGAAAGCCCAAGGUCGACGCAGGAAAGGAUCCGGAGAGGGAUGUUGACUAA